AUAUCUGUCACAAAAAUAUAUCCUGUAGGCCGACUAAGACCCGUCCGUGAAAUGGAACUACAACUUCCGUAGGGCUCCGCGAACGCAUCACGUGACAACGGUUCCUAACACCGUUGCUCUCUUUCCCUUAAAAAGGAUUUAGGAGAAGUUAUAUAAUUAAUAGCACGAUGGAACUGGUGGUGUGUAAAGACUGCUGACGGGAGUACUCCGAGGCAAAACUUUACUCUCAAAUGCGUCUCGCGUCUCGCGUCUCGGUCAGCAAAAGUGUGGAUAAGGAGGCCAGCGCCGAGUUUUAGCCAAAUCUCCACGGACACACGCAAUAUGCACUUUGAGGACUCGAGCAGCGUGACGCUGCUGUUUAAGUUUUGGGAUGUGCACGGACCGGCAGGCAUGGUCCUGUCGGUGGUCGUGGUCCUCCUCCUCACCGUGUUCUACGAGCUGCUGAAGGUGUGGAAGGCAGGACUGGACGAGGCCCCCGUCUCACGCCCCACCCCGCCCUCCUCCACAGAGUCCCUGGGGAGCAGCUCCCCCCUGGAGAGCAGCCCGUCCGAGGCCUCGCUGACCCCCCUGGACCGGACCUCCGCCCCUGAAAAAAGCUGGCUGAUGCACACACUGCAGACGUGUGUCCACGUGGUCCAGGUGACGCUAGGCUACCUGCUGAUGCUGUGCGUCAUGUCCUACAACGUCUGGAUCUUCCUGGCCGUCAUCGUGGGCUCGCUUAUCGGCUACUUCCUGGCCUUCCCUUUGCUGGGAAAGUUCUGAGGACGGAGAUGGAGAGAGAGGGAACGAGACGUUUUUUUCAAUAGACUAAGCCUUACUGUAGUCUUCUCUCAUUUGUUAAGGGCUGCCUUUCAACAAGCGGAGGGAUACGAAUCAACUCCUCCUGUGACCGGUCUGUAAUUAGCUUCCAAACUCACUGGGUAAGAUGGUGUGUCGCGAGGCUAAGCUGUCUGUACAAAAUGGCAGGAGAUUUAAGCUAAUGCUGGACCUUGGGGGAGCAAAUAUGCAGUUGGCAUGCUUCCUGUUGGUUAAGUGAGAUUUUCCCCUGUCAGUCCUGAAAUGGAAUGCCAGACUAAAUGAUGUAGGUGUGCUUCAGUUGAGUGCGUUGAGUGCUGUGCUGUACAGGUCCGCGUUUUGAAAACAUAGAUAUGCUCGAAUGUGUUUUCGUUUCUUACUAACAUAGGACUGGGCAUGUCCAGAACUGAACAUAAGUUGGACUUCAUAUUCAUUAACAUACUGCAGAUAUCGCUCUGAAUAGCCUUGUUCAUUGUGUGAUGGUUUCACCAUUACCGGUUUAAAGUGGUAUUUUAAGUGUGGCAAAUCAUUUGUGAGCACCGAAGCUGAGCCACAUCUAUGUUGUGACUUUCGUUUUUGUUUUUGUUUUUUUUUUUAACCGUGAGACGCCCAGCUUCACCGUCUGUGCCUUUCAGCAGAUUGAAUACUUUUUUUUUUUUUUCUCGUGCCUCCAUGACAGCAGACACAUGUUCAGUAAGAAAUCUACCUGUGAAAUCUGGUGGGAAAAAAAGUGCCAAGUCAUCCAGAGACUGCGGGUCAUGUGUUUUGUCGCGUGACCUCAGACAUUCGGGAUUCUGAUAGCAGUGGGACUCUUGUUAUCCUGAGGUGUCUUACUUGAAUUUUACUGUGUACUUUGUACCUUUGCGUUUUUAAACGAUUGGAGUUUUUAUUCUCUGUAAUGUGAAUGACUUAACCACUCAUUGUUUAUUAAUAAACUGUUGCACUACAAAUUGAAAACAUGAA